CCCACAGGGUUUACGCAAUCCGGUUCCAUCCCGAGCCGGGUGUUGCAGGCAAUACCACCACCUGUAGGGAGGGAAGACAACUGUGGAAAUUCCCAAAAAUCAAAAUCUGAAAUUAUGAAGAAUAAGGAAAGCCCGUGGUGGAAACUCCUGCUGGUGUAGUAUGGUGCUCCUCCUCCCGACCGCCAUCCGUACUCCCUUAUCUCCCAUCCUAUCUCCUCCCAAAUCCAAGAUAAACAAACUUCUCCUCCUUUCUAACACCACCACCUCCUUCAAAACCAAUUUCCCCUCUUCCAAUCUCUUCCCCACCAAAACCCCAAAGACUCCCAUUCCAAUCCAUGUCUCCAUCAAUGGCCCAUCAUCAUCAUCACCAUCACCAUCAUCAUCAUCAUCAUCAUCAUCAACGGCUACAACUACAUCUGAUUUCGAGUCUGGUGCUUCUCAAUGCACCCAUUGGAUGGUGGUCAUGGACAAACCCCCAGAUGGGGUUUCUUCAAAAUCCGACGUCGUGGACUAUUACGUCAGGACGUUAGCUAAUGUUUUAGGAAGUGAGAAGGAAGCGCAGAUGUGCAUUUAUGACGCUUCUUGGGAGACUCACUUUGGUUUUUGUUGUGAUAUUGAUGAGGAGACUUCUCGACGCCUUUUUGGUAUGCUUCAGACAACAAUUUCCAGAUUUGUUCUUUCAGUUGAGAAUGUUCUUUUUGAUUUGUUCCUCAUAUAGCCUUUGAAAUACAUG